CGACACAUCAACUCCUGUAGGCAGAGGAAACCAAGGGAGGCAGCAUGAAGACAAACAAGUGCCUUACAUUUGUUAUCCUGCUCCUGUGUUUAAAGACAACAGCACAAGCCACAGAAUAUACCCCCUUUGCAUUGAACACCACCAUAGCAAAUGCUACUACAGCAAACAUUGUGCCUAAUGCUACUGAUACCACAGCACAGUCUAAUGCUACGGAUACCACAGCACAGCCUAAUGCUACGGAUACCACAGCACAGCCUAAUGCUACGGAUACCACAGCACAGACCACCAUCUGCCCAGUGGUGAAGGAAGGAGCACUUGGUAUUUGUGGAAUGUCAUGUGAAAUGGAUACAGACUGUUAUGAGGACAUGAAAUGCUGCCCUAGUGCCUGCGGAAGCCUGGCUUGUCUGCAUACAGAUAAGGUUGCAGCGUACUUUCCCGAAGUAGAAGAAUCCAACUCAACUUCUGAAGAGGUUACAAAUGAAAUUUAAAAUCUGCUCCCCCUAUAUGAGCUGUAACCCAGCCUACAAUAAAGAACGUGCUUUUCUCAUUCUGUAA